GUGUGCGUUAGACAGUCAGAGAGUCAGAGUGAGAACCGCCACCAACAGGUCUCCUUCUCCGAGUCUUCUUGUCUUACAGAACAGCCAACUUGAUGUAGUUUACAUCUUCUAGAGGAAACGUUCCUAACUUUGAUCGACACAGUAGAAAGAUCUAGAAACACAGCAAACUAAACACAAGAACAGAAGCUGUCGUAGGUAAGAAAAUGCACGGCAUGGGUGUUCAGGCUGUGCUCACCGUCGUCCUGAUUCUGUUCACAGCCACCGUCAAGACUCACGAUGGAGUGAUAUCAGUCUGGAAGACAAAAGUCACAUUGACCUGUCCACAGCCUGGGACUUGGUUCAAGGAAGAUAAAGAGAUAAAGAAAAAAGAUGAUGAUGGAAAAGAAACAACUGAAAAUAUUGAAGACAGCAGAGAGCAUACAUUCACGUAUGAUGUCAAAACCAAAUACCACUGUCGAUAUUAUGACUCCUUAAAUAAUGCCAUAAGCUAUUACUUCCGCUUUGAAGGAAAGGUGUGUGAGGACUGCUAUGAGCUGAACGCAAGCCUAGUAGGGCUGGUCAUCGUUGUGGACGUGGUGGGGACAGUACUGAUGAUGAUGAUAAUCUGCUAUUGCACCAAGAACAAGAGUUCAGCUGCACCUGUUCACUCUUCCAAAGCUCCUGCUCGUUCAGGAGGACGGCCUCCACCUGCUUCAUCCUCUGAGUACGAGCAACUGAACCGUCAAACUCGCUCCCAGGACACGUACUCUGUCGUGAACAGGACGGGAUAGAAACAACAGGUCAUCUGGCCGCACCAGGUUUCAAACGCUGCAUGGAUGAAAGCAAGCAUUCAGAAAAGACGUUCAACCGUGCUCCCAGGAGCAUGCAGCCACUGACUUCUUUUUUUUUUUUGGCAUUUUGGAUUUGACAGGUCUCUUAACCCAAAUGACAAAUUUUCUCAUUCACCCCUGGUUCAAUAGUUUAAGUUUCAUUUGUUCAGAUAUUAGGCUGUCACUGCAGUACAACAGAGGAUGAUCUGCAUUGAUCUGUGCAAUUGACAACAUUUAAAAAUUACAGUUGAGAGCGUCUGUCUUCUGAAGGAAUGGUCCCUGGGACACUGUUUCAGUGCGUAGUUGUCCAUCAGUCCCAACUCAAUCCACACAUUUGUCUUUGCUUUCUCACAAAUGAAUCGUAAUAUCGUCACUCCAUAUGUUACACAUUGGAGUGCAUGAAAACUACCCAGUGAAGAGCUAAACACAAAAACAAAAAGUAAAUGAAAUGGCAUUGGAUUUGACAAUUCCAGGAUCACUAUGCAUAUUAUGUAUUCAUUGCAAUGAAAUAUUAAUGAGCAAUUCUGUGAAGCUGUCACAUCUCUCUGUAUGAAAGUGCAGUGGUGCAACAAAGGGGUGCUUGAGUCCAUAUAAAACUGCAGUGAGACACAAAUUGCAGGUAUCUGGGCUAAUAGAACUAAACUAUCAGCAUGAUGAGACAACAUUAGAGGGGGAGUGUUUUGUUUUAUUGUCAUAUGCAAUCAGUGUCCAUUGUCCAUCUAAUGUCAUAAAAGCAAGAACUGUUGUUCAGUUAUUAGUUCGGUUAUAGUUAGUGGUAGUGUUUUACUGCAAUGUAUAAACAUGUAGAUGAAUUUACGCUUUUAUUUCCACCAAAAAAUGUAAAAAUAUAAGAAGAGAUGUUGCUGUAGGUCAGGCAAGAGUAAAUAUGAAGAACAGACAGGUGACAACUUAAAGGAAAAUCCAACACUAAGUGUCCUAGUAAGGUGUUGGGCCACUACAUGCAGCCAGAACAGCCUUAGUACUCCUUGACAUGGAUUCUCCAAGUCUCUGAACUCUACUGGAGGAUAUAACACAAUUUCUGUAAAAGACACUCCCUCAUUUGGUGUUUCGAUGAUGUGGUGGAGAGGGCUGUCUAACACAUGAUACCAAAAUCUUCCUCAGGUGUUCACUGGGGUUGGAAUCUGCUGACUUUAAAGGCCACAUCAUCUGAUUCACAUCAUUUUAAUCAAACUAUUCAGUGACUCCUCGUGAAGCAUUGCCAUCCUGGAAGAAACUACUCCCAUCAGGAUGGAAAUGUUUCAUCAUAGGAUAAAGGUGAUCAACUUUAUAUGAUUUGCAGUGACUCUUCUCUCUAAGGGGAAUACCGUCUCCGCAGGAGUCAAGGGUUUGGGUUUUUCCUUUAAUUUGUCACCUGUUUGUAUAUAUAUAUAUAUAUAUAUAUAUAUAUAUAUAUAUAUAUAUACAUAUAUAUAUAUGCAGUGCUUUUAAUAUAAAAAGUUAGCAGAAGUUCUAUCUAAUUUACAGUAAAGUCUUAAUUGUAUUAUCACUUAUAAAAAAUAUACAUGUUUUUGUAUAUAUAUAUAUGUGUGUGCGCCACUGUACUGUUUGCAACUUAUUGCACUGUAAAAAAGAGCAGCUAAUUUUUGUCAGACAAGCAAAAUGCACCUGCACAAACAUAAUCAGCUCGUCACAUCAGUUUGCUUAUUGUAUUACUUUGUGUUUUUUUUCUUUUCACUCUGAUCUAUUAUGUUAAUCUUGUCUAUUGUAAUGGGCAUAACAUGUGCUACUGAUCAAUAAAACCGCAGCUAAACUCUG